CACUGGCGUCACCUAACAUAACAACCUGCUACGUACGCUAAAAAUAAUAACAAAUUGUUUAGAGGCAGCUAAGCUAUGGCAGUUUUAACUGGGUCUCGUGACAUAAAGGUGUGAUUUGUAAACUGAAUAGCCUCUAGGCUAAAUACCCUAUUCCUGAAUACCAGGAAAUUCAGCUAUGGGGAAUACAUCAUCUAGGAGUUCUUUCUCGGGAAUCAAAAUGCAACCUGCCAAAACGACUCUGUUUAAACAGGAGCAAACAGGGAUAACAUACAGAAUCCCAGCUCUUAUUUACCUGCAAGAGAGUCGGACAUUUCUCGCCUUUGCAGAAAAGCGCUCUUCCCCCAGUGACAGUGACGCAAAAAGUAUUGUUAUGAGGAGAGGAUCUCAGCAAAAUGGAUCCACUCAGUGGUCAGAUUCCCAGGAGCUGUUACCAGCUCGUUUACCAGACCAUCGCACCAUGAAUCCCUGCCCGGUGUAUGAGAAAAACACCAAGACUCUAUUCCUGUUUUUCAUCUGCAUUUUGGGCCACACUCCAGAGCAUCAUCAGAUUUGGACAGGCAAGAAUAAAGCCCACCUGUGUUACAUAACCAGUAAUGAUGAGGGUCAGACCUGGAGCCAGAUAAAGGACUUGACAGAGAGUGUGAUUGGCAAAACCGUCAGAAGGUGGGCUACAUUUGCUGUGGGACCAGGCCAUGGCAUUCAAAUGGAGAGCGGAAGAUUGAUCAUUCCCGCCUACGCCUAUUACGUCCACUUCAAAUGCUUCUCCUUUCCCUUCCCUUUCACGGUGCAGCCCCACGCCCUCUCAAUAUACAGCGACGACUUUGGUCAGACGUGGCAAAUGGGCAGGAUGCUUCAGAGAAAGUCCUCUGAAUGCGAGAUGGCAGAGAUCAUAGACCACGAGGGAAGGAGUCAUCUCUACUGCAACGCUCGCAAUAUGCAAGGUCACCGAGUGGAGGCCCUGAGUGAGAGCGCUGGGCUUUAUUUUGACAAGCCCCGCUUGGCCCCCAAGUUGGUGGAGAUGUGCCACGGUGGUUGCCAGGGCAGUGUCAUUGGCUUUCCGGCCCCGGAACAAAGCGAGGAGGUCACGGCCGGCGCCACGUCCUCACCAAUGCCGUCAGACGUGCAAACCUGGCUACUGUUCACCCACCCAACCAGUAGGAGGAAGAGGAAAGACUUGGGGGUGUAUCUGAACCGCUCCCCGCUGCACACACCUGGCUGGGACCGGCCCUGGGUCAUCCACAGCGGUCCCAGUGGUUACUCAGACCUGGCGUACAGUGAGGAGACCGAGCAGUUUGCGUGCUUGAUGGAAUGUGGGGAGAAGAGUGAGCUUGAACAGAUCGCCUUCAUGACUUUCCCCCUGAGUGAUGUCAUGCAGACCAUCGAUGAGAAAGAGAAUACCUUCUAGGUCGUUCCUUUUUAAAAAGACAUUAUUUCAGUACUACACUUACAAUUCCAGUCAAAAUUAGUGGUCAGUAGAUGGAUGACAUCAUAUGUAUCCUCUAUUUGUAUUUAAAAAAAGAAGCGAUCUGAAAAUAAUGAAUCGGAAUCAUUUAUCAAAGUUGUUUUUGUGUAAAAAAAAACGAAUAGUUAACUUGACGUUAUCAUUUUGCCGAAAAGGCAACCAUAGUUCAAAUAAAUGUAGAAUAAUGUGUAGUUAUGACCAUUUUAUGAAGUCUGAGUGUAUGGACUGCAAUGCAUGCUGUCAUAAGAUGACAAUCUCUGAGCAGUGUAUUUAAACUGCAUACGUUUGUGACUUGCAGUUCUACGAUGUUACUCCUUUCACCUCUACAUUGGGUGGCUUAUAUUAUAUUUCAGUUCCUCAGCCAAACACUGUGAACAGAACAACCACCUACAGGCCUUGAUGAGACCACACCUCUGUUCUUCAGGCAUUAUGUCCCUAGAGAAUGAACAGACAUCCCUCUAUCAAGUCUAUCCCACAUACACCAGUCCUGUCUUUCUGCACUAUCUUACGUUUGGACAGUUCACCAACAUUCCUCAUAGCACUAUGAAUGUUAUGACAAACUCAUUUAUCUACAUUUUCUCUUGGUAUUUUAAGCUGGUUUUCGGACCCUGUGUAAAGCCCUGACAGUGACGGACUGACAAGAGUCUGCUGAAGGACAGAUCAGCAUUAUUGGCUGGUCAUUCCGUGCCAAAUUUGAUUCAUGUAUUCAUUGUGUCUCUAAAUUACCAUAUGCUAAAAUAGUCCUGCCACAACUACCUCCACAUUCUUAUUCCUGCCUGCAUCAUUAGCUAUGCAGAAGAUGCAUAUGAAUAUAUUAAUCAUUUAUGUGAAUGGCAUGCGGAAACUAUGUCUUUUGAAAAUAAACAUACAAAAUCUGUCAAGCUUA